AUGGAAGUUGUUCAAUCCAACUUUGAAGAGGUGCUAGACUCAGUGCGAGAGGCUAUUGAGAAUGCAGACUUUAUUGCAGUUGAUACAGAGUUUACUGGUCUUGGGCUUACUCCAAAUGAGCGUCUUAGUCUACUGGACACUCCGCAAGAACGAUAUUUGAAGCAUAGAUCGGCAGCUAGAUUAUUCGAGCCCAUUCAGAUUGGAUUAGCUGCAUUCAAAUGGGAUGCAGAACAAGGUGUAUACAUGUCCAAGCCAUUCAACUUCAACAUUUAUCCUCGGACUGGAAACAAGUUUUUUGGACUGGACCGUACAUUUUGUGUUCAGAUCUCAUCGCUGGAGUUUCUAGAAGGGAACGGAUUUGAUUUCAACAAGUGGAUUCGUGAAGGCAUUCCGUUUGUUAGUAUUACUGAAGAAGCGGCCAUUCGCAAGAAACUGGAAACCAUUAAUACCGAAUCUGACAUAGUUAUUGAUGAAAAAAACACGGAAUACGUCAAGGACUUUAUUGAGUCGGUACAGAAAUGGCUGUGUGAAACUACAGAUGAGUCGUACAGUAUUUCUACAUCAAAUUCAUUCCAUAAGCGCCUGAUCCAUCAAGAAAUUAAGAAACAAUUUCCUGGCCAGGUAUCUACAGAAAGCACCAAAUCAGGUGUCAAUCUCAAGCGCUUACAGGCCAAUCAAAAAGACUCUUCCCAUACCGAGUCGCGCCAAGCGUUGCUCAAGGCUGAGCUUGAUUUACUUGUUGGGUUUCGUAAAGUAAUUGACAUUAUGGUUGCCGCGCAAAAACCUAUUGUUGGGCAUAACAUGAGUCUUGAUCUUUUUCAUAUCAUUCAUCGUUUUAUUCAGCCGCUUCCAGAUACAUGGGAAGAAUACAAGGACAUCGUUAACCGUAAUUUUCCCAGUGUAUUUGACACCAAGUUUAUGGCUAUUUCAAACAAAAACCUGCAGACUGCCAUUAUAAACACCACUUUGGGAAAUUUGUAUGAUUCGAUUUUAAAAGAGCCAUUUGAUGCGCCAUCUAUCAAAUUAGCUAUGGGGUUUGACAGCUAUGCAAACGAUGUGCGUGAGCUUCACAAGGCUGGAUUUGAUGCCUAUAUUUCUGGUGUUUCUUUUUUAAAAAUGCUAGGAUUGGUAGAUUCGCUACCAGUAUCUACUUCAAUUGAUUGGACUAGUGAUUUUUCACUGCAUUGUAAAAACAAACUCUAUAUAAUGUACUCUGAUAUUCCAUUCUUAAAUCUAAGCGGCAUUGAAGAAAUUCCUGAUCGUAGCAAUGUUUUUUAUUUAAGCGAGUUUCUUCCUACUUGGAAAACCAGAGAUAUUCUCAACAAAUUCAAAGAAUUUGGCGGGAUCACUGUCAAAUGGAUUAACGAUACCAGUUGCUUAAUUAUUGUUCGUGAUCGUAAAAUGGUUACUGUGGCAGAGAGGUUUUGUACUAGUCAAGACACAGACUAUAAGCUUCGUAUAUGGGAUGGUAGUCAUACCCAAACUCCAGGAUCACCAAAAGCAUCUGCUUCUUCACCAUUUUUGGCUGCAGCUAACCCUGACACUGAUGUGUCGACAUCUGAUAAAUUGUCGACUUUAAUCAGCAAAAAAGAAGUUAUGGCUGAACCCAAGUCUGAAAUACAAUCUUCAGUAAAACGUCGCCGAGAGGAAUACACGGGCACUGCGAGUGAGCCUGUUCACCGUAUGCGUAAACACAAGCGUGUUUCCAAGAACGGAGUGCAAAAUGACAAGUGUCAGAUGAUGUAGUUUAAGAAUCAGACAAUCUGGUUGGUAGCAGAACUUUAUAGCAUGUUUUAUUGAUUACUACAACCGUAUUUACGUAAAAUGAAAUACUAAACAAGUGUC